CCAAGCCAGUCGCCACCACAAAUCAGCAAAGAUGGCGCACCUUAACGUCAAGCCGGACCCGGCUCUUCUGAAGCUGGAAGCGAUGAACAAGGCUCGUCACCGCUACUUCCGUUUCACGGGCAGAACCGCCAGAAUCAGCAUCAUCUACAUGGCCGUCGUCCCCGCCAUCUUCGGCUGGGCCGCAUACAAGACAGACGGCCUUUGGGAUCUCCGAGCGAAGCGAAAGGGCGACACAUGCUACGAGAAAUAAAUGACGAUUUUGGUUGGGUGGAGAGUUUUAUGUACAUUUUAAAAGGUUCGAUACGAGAUAGAGAGCCUCUUGCCGGCCGAAUAAUCGAAGAAAAUUCAAUAUUUUUAGCUUCAAAGUUGAGACUAUU